GUUCUCUCUCUCUACCCCUUUUUAACUGUCUAAUAAUUUUCUCGCUCUCUUUUUCGCUCAUUUACUCGCUAAACUCUCUUGAUCUCUCUUCCUCUCUUUCUCAUUCUCUUUCUCAUUCUCGUUCUCUGUCUCUCUCUUUUUUCUCUCUCUCUCUCUGUCUCUUAUUGUUGAUUAUUAUUAUUAUACACGCGUAUAUACACUAUUUAGCAUUAAUCUCGCUAUCGGUGUAAAAUAUACUUUAGUAUCCUCGACAUUCGAGGAGAGGAGAGAGAGAGAUUGUGUUUAAAGCGCACGAGACAAGGUGGUAUCGAGAGACGGAGGACAAGUUCGCGCGUUUCAUCUUAUAAUAAAGUAGAAAAUAUAAAAGGGGGAAAUAUAAAAUAAAACAAAAAAAAAAAGAAAAAAAGGCUGAGAGUUUAAGUGAGAGGAGAGACAAUAAGCGUGAAAGGGAGAAAAUUUAUUUACUAGAUAAUCAUCACAUCGUUCUUCUCUCUCUACACUUCUACGACUUCUACUACCGACUACUACUACGGACGUCUCUUCGUCACCGUCAAAACUUUCUCCGAAAAGACAGAGAGAUUUCGUUAAUCGCGUGGAUACGCGAUACGAACAAAUUCUCAGAGAGACAGAGACACACACGCAUCCCGUUCGAGGAUAUUUGGAUUAAAGAGAACGUUUUCUAUGAGAGCGAGGGCAUAGGACGAGCGUAAAUGUCUUGGCAAAAAGACUAUCUUUCUGUGGGACUGAUCGGUGUCCUUCUAUUAUUGAUCAACGCUGACAACAGCGUACACAUAUCGUCGAAGUACGGUCAACUCGUUACUUCAAGUACUCUCAACUGGCUCCCACGUAGCCAUUAUGAUUCUUCACAGCAGAUCGUCGUCGGUGGAUAUCAGAUUCUUCAAGAAACCGAAGAGGAUCCAAUUGCACCGAACGAUGCGCCUCUGAAUAAACCAUACCAAAUCAAAAAGCCGUUACACGUGUGCCGAGCAUUGCACAAUAGCGUGUGGGUAUCCGGAACUCAAUUGGCAGAUGAAAAACGUUGCACGGUUUCGAUACACGGUAACGUUCGUUCGUACGAGAAAUACGAUCUCCUUGAAAACGUGGACAAUGCAGCACGAAUUAGUUGGCGACAUUGGAACAUAUAUACUACUUUACCUGUGGGAGCAGUAGCUACAGACAAAAUGUUUGUGGCAAGGUACGAGAGACCAAUUGGUGAAACUAACUCAAAAUUACCCUAUGCUUAUACCCAUUAUAUUGGAACUAUGGAUACAAAUGACAAUUUCGGUACUAUUUUCUACGUUAAGGAGAAUGGUGUUGAAAAUACAGCUAAAUCGUGCGAAGUUCUCGUAGAGACCGAACCGAUUUAUUACAAACUUAGCGGCGUUCGAUUAAAUUGGUCUAAAAAACGUAUUGUCAAACGUACACCUCGUUUGAUCUGGGAAGGUACGUUGAAAAACGAUGGCGACAAAAGGUCGAAGCUGGCAGAAGCCGUUGCGUACUCCUACAACUACUCGAUGUACUGGGGUCAGGGUCACGCUAUUUUGAAGGGUUUGAAUACUUCGAUCCAGUUGUACAACGGAGUUAAUUUACCUUUUAUCAUUUGGGGUAUCGAGGAAAGGGAGAAUCGUACUGAAGUUCAAAAGAUAGAAAUUUAUUUGGAACCAGGUACUGGGGUAAACGUUACUUUAAAAGCUAAUUACACCGAUAUGGAAGUUCCAUAUACCGGAGAAUUGGUUUCACAUUACGAGGACAAGGGGACAACAUCAAGAAUGAUCAAUGGGAUUCGUAGGGAAGAGACCUUGUUCGAUAUUACACCAGAAUUCGGACCAAUUUAUUACCUCAAAGAUAACAGCCUAGUUCCUACAACUACACCACCACCUGUCGUAACGGAACCUACCACAACUACGAUUAAAUAUAAUUACAACGAGAAAAAAGAAGCUAGAGAGCCUAAAAUGGAAGACCCUGGUUUGGAUGAGAACAAAAUUAUCAUACCGAAAACAUCGGACACGUCUAACAUGCAAAGCGAUGAUGGUGGUCCUCUAUCGCUUCAAAAUAAAAUCGAAUCAGGACAUUCCGGUGUGUCCUCCCACAAAAUAAUGUCUUGUUCAUUGAUUUUAUCUUUAACGUCGAUCGUUAUCAAUAGGAUCGCGUGAACAUAAUUAA